AAGGCCAACAAAAAUUCUAAAAUUUGAACGGGUAAUUCUCAUUUAGGCCAAUGCACAGCUCGCACUAGACAAUCGCCUUCUAAAUACCAAACUACAACGCCUGUCAAGAGAAAUUAGGAUAUAUACUGGCACGAAACUUCCUAAGAUCGAACAUACAGAACGUCGUCAGCAGUCUGGUUCCAAUUCCACUGAACGUCAUCAGCAAUCUCACUCUCGUUCUACAGAACGUCAUCAGCAACCCGGCUCAAAUUCAAGUUCUCAGUCAAAUAGCAGAUCGUCGCAAAAGAAAAGAAGCCGUUCGAAACAAAGGGUUCGAUCUAACGAAAGCAAACCGCUGCCAAUUGUACAAAUCAUUACCCAUGCAGAAACGAGUACCGGUGGGGAAACUGCUGAGAAGAAUGGGCUUUCCGAUCAAAUACGAGUUCUCCAGGAGAAGAACAAGAAGAAGCUAAAGUGA